GUGGAGAUGCAGUGCUCAUUCCACCAGCAGACUCUCAGUGUGUGUGUGUGUGUGUGUGUGUGUGUCCCGGGACGGAUCGCAGCUCCUCUCCUCACACAGAUCUCCUCGAGAAGCUCCACACGGACAGUGCUGAUGAUGAUCGCCUUUACCGUGCUCUUCGUCUGGGUCCUUCUCCUGUCGAGUCCCGCCGAAUCCAAGCGGAACCGAGGCGCCAUCCCUCACCCGGACAAACACACCCCGAACGAGUCGUCCCAGCAGCAGCAGCAGCAGCAGCAGCAGGCGGCCCCGGGCCCCAGAGGCAGGGGCCGCGGCUCCGAGGAGGUCCUGGAGUCCAGCCAAGAGGCGCUGCACGUCACGGAGCGCCGCUAUCUGAAGAGAGACUGGUGCAAGACCCAGCCGCUCAAACAGACCAUCCACGAGGAGGGCUGCAUCAGCCGGACCAUCAUCAACCGCUUCUGCUACGGCCAGUGCAACUCCUUCUACAUCCCCAGACACGUGCGCCGCGAGGAGGGGGCCUUCCAGUCCUGCUCCUUCUGCAAGCCCAAGCGCUUCACCACCAUGACCUUCACCCUCAACUGCCCCGACCAGCAGCCGCCCACCCGCAAGAAGCGCGUGCAGCGGGUCAAGCAGUGCCGCUGCAUCUCCAUCGAGCUGGACUAGAGCCCGCCGGAAACACGUCCCCGUUCAGGAGCGCCCAUGCAUGCAAGCGCCUCCAGGCUGUGACUAAGAACGCAAAAUUGGAUUAGAAACGAGGGCGCGGUGGCCGGGGGAUGCAUGCGGGAACUCGUUCAAAAAAUACGCAAAUAAUCUAAAGAUGCACUUCAACGGAUUGACUGAGAGUGCAUGCGGGUGUUGAGGUGAGAGGUGCCUCGUUUGAUCUUCAACUAGACUUUUAAAGGGGUUUUUUUUUGAAGGAUCGUUUGAAGAGCUCAUUCAUUGAUGGAUGCACGCUGGAUCUGUAGAAUGAAGUUUAACCGCAGGACGCUCCAGUAAUAAAAAUAUAGAAUAAUAAUAAUCUGAAGAUGGCCAAAAAUAGUCAAAACAUUUUUAAUCUAAAACUAAAGUGCAGUUCUUUCACUGAGAGAUGCAUGCGGUGUCUUUAAUGCGGGGUUGACUAGCGGUGCAUGUGCGUGGAUGACGCAGAGUACAUUUGAAACAGUUUCAUGAGCUCAUUAAUUAAGGGAUGCAUGCAGUGUUUGUGCUUUAAUAAAUCAACUCCAACAAUAAUAAUAAUAAUAAAAACCACCUAAAAUUUAGAUGGGCAGUGCAUUUAAUCUAAAAGUGUUUUUGAAGUAUUUUUUGCAGUGAUUAUUAAACAUGCGGUUCAUGAGAUGCGUGCGGUUUUUUGUACUCCUAUAAAUGAUCUGACUGGUCACAGAAAUGAUUUUAGAUUCAUUUUUGCGCCACGAUUAAAUAUUUAAAAAUUCUAAUACAAAUUAGUAGUGCAUGUGGGUAGCUGACACAGAAAGUGUCCUAUUUAAUCUAAAACUAGUGUCUUAAACGUGUGGAUAUCCGUGCAGCUCAUUCAUUAAGAGAUGCAUGAAGUCUUUGUACUUUUAUAAUCGACGGGAUUUAAAAAAAAAAAGCUUCGUUUUGACUGCUCACACAAAUUUUAUAUUCUCUUUGUACCAAAAUUACUGAAACAUUUAAACCUCGUAUUACUCAAAGAAAGAUUUUGACUAGUAGUGAAUCUCUGUAGCCGACAUCAUUACAAUCUUCACCCAAAGCUAUGGUUUCAAGCAAGAUUUUAAAUGUGAUUAUUAACCUGGUCAAUGAAGGCACGCGUGAAGUGUUUGUACUUUUAUAAACUAAGGUCGACGGCGGGAACGCGAGUGAAACUCUACAAAAAGAACAAUAAAGAAACAACGAAAUCGAAAAGGUUUUUGUCUGCUGAGAAAACACUGAGCACAUAUUAUUGAUAGAGAUGUCUCCCGUUUAAGGACUGAUAGUUUCCACUAUGUGGAGCCGCUGUAUUUAAUGAUUGCUGUGAGUUACUGGUGUAUUUAUGAUAAGGGUGGUGAGGAUUAGGAUCACACGUGCUGUACAGAUGUUGUAGAUGUUAUAGAGCCUGUAUGAAGAUGUUCAAGGCCUGUGGAUCGUUUGAAUAAAAGCUGAAACAUCCUGACCCCGGAUCUGUCUCUCUCUCUGACAGACGCACGUCACAAAUCACUCA